CUUUCAAGAACAAACACCACUAGACUCGGUCUAUCAUCUUUAAACAUACAUAUAUUGCAAUAUUUAUUUAUUAUUCAAUCAAUCAGGCAAGCAAGGAAAAUGGAGAAAGUUUAAUACUCAUUCCGUUUUCUUGUUUGCACUAUUUUUUUUUUUUUUAAUAUUUUAGGGUUUGUUAAAAUGGUUAAUGUUGCAAAGAUCUGCAAUGUCAUUCAUGACUUGAAGCCUGUGUUGCUGAUGGUGUCGGUUCAGAUGGCGUUUGCUGGAGUCAAUGUGUUUUAUAAACUGGCGGCUAACGACGGCAUGGUUCUCUCUAUACUUGUUGCAUAUCGGUUUAUUUUCUGCACUGCCUUCAUUGUUCCACUGGCGAUUUUCGUUGAAAGGAAGAAAAGGCCUAAGUUGACAUGGAAGAUACUUUUGCAAGCUUUUUGUUGUGGCUUAUUUGGAGGUUCGUUGGCGCAAAAUUUUUAUAUAAAAGCAUUAUGCAUGACGUCAGCAACAUUUGCCGCUGCUACCACCAAUCUCAUUCCUGCCUUGACCUUCGUUCUGGCUGUCUGCUUUGGGAUGGAAAGGUUGGGUUGGAAGACAACCUCUGGUUCAGCAAAGAUCAUGGGAACUGCGUUAGGGGUUGGUGGGGCCAUGUUGUUGACCUUUUACAAGGGAGUUGACAUUCACUUGUGGAAAACCAAUGUUAACCUUUUAAAUGGUCAUCAUCAUUCAUCACAUGUUCAAUAUUCAAGCAAUAGAGUCAUGGGUUCUUUAUUGGCCAUCGGUAGUUGCAUAAGUUAUUCUAUCUGGUUGAUCAUUCAGACAAAUAUGGUUAAAACAUACCCUUGCCCGUAUUCGGUAACCGCUCUCACAUCGACCAUGGGUGCGGUUCAAGCAGUCGUGUUUGGGCUAUGCACCGAAAGACAAUGGGGUGAUUGGAAGCUCGGUUGGAAUGUUAGACUUCUAACGGUAGCUUAUUCAGGCAUGUUGGCUUCUGGACUAAUGUUUACAUUCGUCACAUGGUGUGUGCAAAUGAGAGGUCCACUAUUCGUAUCCGCUUUUAAUCCUCUUUUGCUUGUUCUUGUGGCGAUAGCUGGUUCAUUGGUCUUGAAUGAAAGCCUACACUUAGGAAGUGUGUUGGGUGCGAUAUUGAUAAUAUUUGGAUUAUAUGCCGUAUUAUGGGGCAAAGGCAAAGAGGUAAAGAAGGUGGCUCAGUUGUGUCCGAUAAGAGAACCAAGCAUUAGAAGGAGUGACAGUGCCAUUGAGGGUGAAUCAGAACACUCGAGUUUUGAAGUUGAUGAUAGUGAUUCGAAACAUUCAAGUGUACGAAGUGCGAAUGGCGAACUAAGACGUGUUGAGGUUGUUGUGACAUGAACAAACAGAAAAUGUUUAUAUGGUGUUGAAGAGCAUAUAUAUGAUGCAAGAGUAAAAAUUGGUAGCUUAGGGAGGUUGCAUUAUGAUAACGAGAAGUCAAAAUUUUAACUUGCAUUUAUUUAAAAACAAAUGUUGUUAAAAGAAGAAAACAUAAAUAAAUGAGGUUUUAAUAUUGACUUCUGGCUAAGUUUGGGUUUCUAGCUUUGGUGGUUAUCCAUUGAUGCUAGAAAAUAUUAAAUUUUGUUUUUUUUCCUAUAGGCUUUAGCUAAUAUUGA